AUGGACAUGGAAAAGAAGUCCCCAUUCAAGGUUCUUAUCGCUGGUGGGUCGGUUGCUGGCCUUACACUUGCUAAUGCUCUCGCGCGUGCCAAUAUCGAUUUUCUGGUGCUGGAAGGCCACGGUCAGAUCGAUGCUUCUAUCGGUGGUGCUUUGACGAUUGUCAGCAAUGGAUUGCAAAUCCUUGACCAGAUGGGUAUAUAUGACGAUAUCCACCCACAUCUUGACCCGGCAGGAGAGGUAUACACAUAUUUGCAGGAUGGACGUUUAUUAGGAACUAUGGAUACUCCAAAGCUUAUGCGAGAACGACACUACUACCCUGUCGCUUGGCUACCGAGAGAGCAGCUGCUAAGAAUCUUGUACAACAAUGUGCCCGAUAAGAGCAAGGUCUUGCUGAAGAAAAAGGUCAUGACCGUCGAUCACUCUGACGAUGGUGUUGUGGUAAAGUGCGAGGAUGGUAGUGAAUACGCCGGUAGUAUGAUUGCCGGUGCGGAUGGAGUUCACAGUACGAUCCGAGGGGAGAUGUGGAGGCACAUGGAGGAAAGCAAGAAGGGAAAGUCCAAGGCGAAGAAAGAUAAGAAAGCUAUUACGGUUGAAUAUGCCUGCCUUCUGGGAAUAUCCAGCCCAACAGAGGGCCUGAACCCAGGAGAGAUCCACCGAACCUGGGGUAAAGACUUCACAACAUUUGUCAAUGUCGGCAAGGAGGGCCAAACAUUCUGGUUCAUAUUCACCAAGAUGGACCGCAAAUACCGAUAUCCGAACGUGCCAAAGUUGUCGAAAGAAGACCUAGACGCCAAGGCUAAGACCUUUUUGGACACACAUUUGUGCCCUGGUGUCAAUUUUGGAACAGUCUAUGAGAAUGCCACGAAUUCCGCAUACGUGCCGCUGCAAGAGGGUGUUUGCAAGUCUUGGAGCUGGGGUAGAUUUGCCUGUUUGGGAGACGCAGUUCACAAGGUGACACCCAACGUUGGUCAAGGCGCCAGUCUAGCCAUUGAAGAUGCCGCCUCGCUUGCCAAUCACAUCGUAGAGAUGACGAAGGACAAUGGAGACUUGACAUUGGGCGAUAUCGACGCCUCCCUCACGCAGUGGGGCGCUGAUUUAAGGCCAAGAGCAAAGACUAUUUGUGACGGAGGCGCCAUGUUCACGAGGUUAGAAGCGCUAGCAAAUUGGCCGCUUAAGCUCGUUGCAUUGUAUGUUUCACCUCAUCUUGGAGGUGUUUUCGCAGAUAUUGUCAGCUCUGCUCAUAUCUCAGCACCCACCUUGAAUUUCCUGCCUUUGACGGAGAGGGGCGAAGAUGAUUCUCUGACGGAUGAAAAAGCGAUGGCCGGUAAGGGGACGAAGAAAGAAUUGAAGUUGAGGUCUUAUGUUCGGGCAUUCUGGGCCGUGAAUCUGAAAAUUAAAUGA